AUGGACCACGAGCAGCGGCGCCAGCGGUGCGGCACCUCGUCGGGGAAGCACAAGGGCGGCGGCGGCAAGGGCGGGGGCAAGAAGCCAAUCAAGGUGGUGUACAUCUCCAACCCCAUGCGCGUCAAGACUAGCGCGGCUGGUUUCCGCGCUCUCGUCCAGGAGCUCACCGGCCGCGACGCCGACCCCUCCAAGUACAGCCCCGAGGACCUCGCCGGCGCCGCCGACGCCACCGUGGCGGCGCCUGACCUUGACUGCGCCGCCGCCCAGGGGCUCAGCCCCGGGGGCGCGGCCACGUCGUCCGAAACCAUCGUUGCCAUCCCCAGCCCCGCCGCGGCGGACCACCUGCCCGACGCCGUGGCCGAGGCCGCGCCGCACGGCGCGGACUACUACGACGAGGAGGAGGACGCGGAUGGCUUCGGGUCGCAACUGCUGGAGAACAACUACAUGGUGUUCUCGCCGCCGACGCUGCUCUACGACCACCACCCGCACAGCAAGUGGAGCGUGCGCGCAUACACACACUUAUCGGGGCCCAAGCUGCAACUUGCAAGCAAACAGUACGGCUUAGCUGAUGUAGAAUAA